GCCCCGCCCGCUCUGCUGUGCGAGCCGCGGCGCGAGGUCGCCCACGCUCCCUUCUCCCCGCCCUGUGGGUCCCGGGCACCCGGAGUGUUCGGUGUCCGGCGCCCGUGCGUGAUGACGUACACGCGCGCCAAGACGUGGGGACGCAGGCGGGCCGUAGAGAGCGUUCAGCUCCCUGUAUAUCUUCCCAGAUGCCUAAAACCUGACCACAUUUUCCCGUCACUGGGUUGAUAUCUAACCAUGCAGCGGAGAUCAAGAGGAAUUAAUACUGGACUUAUUCUGCUCCUUUCUCAAAUCUUCCAUGUUGGGGUCAACAAUAUUCCACCUGUCACCCUAGCAACUUUGGCUGUCAACAUCUGGUUCUUCUUGAGUCCUCUGAAGCCACUGUUGGGCUCCUGCCUUAGUGUGGAGACGUGUUACCAGCAGAAAGACUGGCAGCGCUUACUGCUUUCUCCUUUUCACCAUGCAGACGAUUGGCAUUUGUAUUUCAAUAUGGCAUCCAUGCUAUGGAAAGGAAUCAACCUGGAAAGGAGACUGGGAAGUAAAUGGUUUGCCUAUGUCAUCGUCACAUUCUCGCUACUCACCGGGGUGGUGUACCUAUUGUUGGAAUUUGCUCUUGCAGAAUUUAUGAAUGAACCUGGCUUCAGAAGGAACUGUGCUGUAGGUUUCUCAGGAGUUUUGUUUGCUUUGAAAGUUCUUAACAACCAUUAUUGCCCUGGAGGCUUUGCCAACGUUUUGGGCUUUCCUGUACCCAACAGAUUUGCUUGUUGGGCAGAACUUGUGGCUAUUCAUUUCAUCUCGCCAGGGGCUUCUUUCGCUGGGCAUCUGGCCGGGAUUCUCGUCGGACUAAUGUACACUGUUGGGCCUCUGAAGAAAAUCAUGGAAAUGUGUGCAGGUACAGAACAAAACACCCUUGGCCUGACAACAGGCAAUUUUCCCUCCCCUGUUCGUUACCCAGGACAGCAGUACUACUUUAAUAGUUCAGGCUACUCCAGAUAUCAGGAUUAUUACCCCCACGGCAUGCCAGGUUACUCUGAAGAAGUACCCAGGGACUAUGACGCAUACACAGCAGGACUGAGCGAAGAGGAACAACUGGAGAGAGCGUUAAGAGCCAGCCUCUGGGACCGAGCGAAAAUGAUGGGAAAACACCAGUGGCCUGCAUUUCAGUCCUGGCAUAGUAAUUAACUGGCUCUACUUGAGGUGUGAAUGACUGAAUCUCCUCGGACCUCUGUUUUUAUUUUUAUUUUUUUACAAUAAAGAGGUGAGUUGGGUCCUCUCUUCCUUUUCCAUUAUUCUGUGGCAAUGGACUGAGUAGGAGGAGUGUAGCUGGAGUUUCUGGGAAACUGUCAGGAAUGUUGGUGUUUGACCCGUGGGUGUCAGGGUUUAGGGAUGACAAACUCACACAGACAUCCGUGGCAGACCUGAAUGGAUACAUACGUGGCUUAGAUGGUGGUGGCUCAUUCAGUUGCAUGGUUAUAUGAUCCUUCCUUGGCCCAGUGCAGGCAUAAUGCGGUUGGCGGUUUUUAACGUAUGCAAAUGUUCACGGCUGGCCUGCUUGGCUUGGCAGAGGCGUUCCGGGGCCAGGACAGAGAUGUACAGCUAAUUCUGUGUGACCACUUAACUUUUUUUUUUUUUUUUUUUUUUUUUUUUUUUUUUUUUUUUAAGUAAAUUGGCGUGUUUUCUCCUAGGACAAGUUUCUGUGUAAUGAACAAGUACCAUCUGCCAGAUUGUCUAAAAGCAGUCUCGUUGCAGAACGCUUCCUUUGGAUCAUGGUUCUUGCUUGCAGCUCUGUGUUGGGAGAUACUCACUUCAGCGAGUGAAGUUUGACAUUCCAGACUGUGUCUAGAUGUCAAAUUGUGCCUGUAAAGAAACAUAAGCACGUGAGUUUUAAAAUCUGUGAAACAACACGUGAGUAUCCCAGCCAGGAAGAAAAAUCGUAACAUGAGUGGGCCCGAGUUCUGUUUCGUCCCUGGUGGGAAAGGAGCCGGCUUCUCUUGAAGUCCCAGAUUUUAAAAUAUUAACCAUAGCCCGCGGUGACUGAAAUAAUAAAAUAGAAAUAAAGAUAACAUGAAAUUUAAACAUAUUUGGGAUCUUGACAGUAAUAGUUACAUGUGUAUUUAUAAUUUUUCCUCUGCCGCUACCCCCCACGAUCAUCGUUUAUUAAAAGGCAUUAUUCAGAUGCUAAUGAGGAGAUUUAACAAUAAAAGUAUAAACAGAAUUGUAAUGAAUCAGUUCCACCUGCCCAUGUCCCCUCCAUCCUCUCCCAUACUUGGAGACCACUUCUGGGCCACCAGAUCUUAACGGUGUCAGGAAUAUUACCCAGGACCCUCAUCAUGUUCCUCAGGGUCAUUAUUCAUGCUGUUACUCAGCAAGUCUGUAUUUGAGCCUCUUGUGUGUAUUAGAUCCACGAAAGCCAUGUAGUAACUUUUGAGUUGGUCAUUUUACUUACCCAUCUGUGAAAUUCUCCUCUUCAGCAAAACCAUCAUCAUUCCCUACCUAAGUUAUGUAAGAAUUCUGUAGACCACCAAAUUUACUGAUACAAUGAUUUGUAUACUCAAGCUAUCUAUAUACAGUUUUUAAUCUCAGAAGUUAUGUGUACAGUCAGUGUCCCAUAAAAUCAGAUAAUUGUAGAAAACUAUUAAUAUAGACAUUAUUUCUAUAAAGUGUAUUAAUUUGGAAAAGAGAUAUCAAAUAGUGCUUUAAAAUUACAGUGGAUCUUAAAUUCUUAUUAAUCAAAGCAUGGAGAGUAUGAGGAAAUUUCUAAUCCCACUUAUUUAUACUAAAAUAUAAUACAAAACACUCUGUUUUUUUUUUUUAGCUGAAGGCCCAGACUUUGUUUCAUAGACUCAUUAGUUGAUGUUUUCAGUGAAUUGGAUUUUAUUUUCUCUUUAUUUGAGCCUUUUUGAUUCCUCUUUAAGCAUUGUAAUUGCACAUCACAGUGACUACAUUUAACAUUUUUCAUAACUGUAUCUUAAUAUUUCCUCUUCAUCUUUGAGUUUAACUGACGCCAGUGAUGAGUUUGGCAUUCGUAAAGAGCCACCUUUGCUGAGCAUAUUAAGCAUGUGACUUUAGUUUAAAUCUUGGGGAUUAAAUCUUGGAUAUAUUAUUGUGAUCCUUUGCUUAAUUUAUUUAGAUUAUUUUCAAAGUCAAUGACAAAGAAUUAGGACAAAGCAGUGCCAUUUUCAAAUGUAACAGUGAUAUGCUGGCAUGGACCUUAGGAGGCAUCAUAUCUGACACCUGAUUUUGCCCAAUGAGGAAACAGUCUAAGAGAAGCCAAGAGACUUAAUAUCCCAUCACCAUCUAUAUACAUGUCUGUUAACUUGGCCUUGAUUAUGGUUGACAGUGUCCUGCCCUGGGGAUGCAGGUGUGAAGUAGGCAGGUGGGAGGAACCGGGGAGUCAAGACCUCCCUGGAAGGUGCUAGAUUGGAGCCACAUUUCUAGAGCUCCCAUGAGUCCGCCCUAAAGCUGAAUCUCUGAGUGAGUUUUCACAUCCUCUUUGUAGGCUUGACUACAGACAGACUUUUCAGCUUUUCUCUGUCACCAGGGGCAGAGUCCACCUGACUUUCGAGGGAAGGGAGACAGAUGAUAAAGUGUGACAAACGGCUCUGAUGUACGUGUGCUAACAUCUGGUAAGAUGUGUGCCGUGAUUGCUGCGUGGUUCUGCUUCUGUUUCGCCAUCAGAAUGGUCAGCAAUCAACUCCUUUUCUGGAAGUUCUACCUGAAUUCCAGAUGUCCUGAGGUGGACUGUGUUGAGGACCUAAGACAGUGAUGAUGGCUAACUGAGCUCAUCUAUAACAGUCUUGAGAAUUUGGUUAACGUUUGUUGUUCUAGUUAUAAAAGCAAUAUAUAUUCACUGCGGAAAAUACAAAUGAGAAAAGAAGACAAAAAAAGAACCCAUAACCCCAGCACCCAGAGAAGAACCACGUAACAUUUGAGGUGUACCCUUGCAGCUACCCAUAACAUAGGCACCCAGAAGAAACCACAGCAAAUGUUGUGGUGAAAUUCUUUCCAAGUCAGCAAGAAUUAAGUGCCUCUCCGUGGGACGAGGAAGGUUCACAUACCCACACAGAACCCUAAGAAAUAAACAUUUGCAAUUAUCUCUGUUAUUUCAGAUUGUGAAGCAGUGGCAUAGAGAAGUUAAAUGACUUGCCCAGGGUCACAUUCUAAGUGGUAAACACCAGACAAGAAGGGACACUAGUUGGGACACUUUUAUGUCUUACCAACAGAGCCUGUUUAGAAGAAGCAUUUCUAGGCUGCUACUGAAUUGUUGAUGACAGGAGAGACGUUUUCUCCGUAUAGUCAAGACCUAACUGACCUGGAGUUAGGUUUGUAUUCUUGGAGAUGGUUUGGCUGAUGUGAUGUUCCUGAAUUCAGAACCCUGAAAAUGGAGGGGGGUGUGGCUACGCCCUUUAGAAAGACUGUAUUACUUCCAGAAUAACAGUGACAUUUCCCUCACCGUCUUCUUCACCUGUCCAUCUAUGAUUGGCCAAGCCCUGUCAUUUGGUUGGGUUUUGGUUUUUGUUUAAGCAACAGAUCCAGAUUGGUUUAAAAAUUGGAAAAUAAAUGUUUGUUUUGUAGGGAAAGAACUCCCUCUUGCACAAGAAACCUGCACCUCAGGUACCUUAAAGGACACACACUCAAAAAAAAAAAAAAAAAGUGCUUACUGUAGACAAUCAUAAAUAAUCUUCUGAGCUGUCAUUCGUUUUUACCAAAAUGUAUAGGAUAUGAACGUGAAAAUACUGUUUUUAAUAUAGAAACAUCAGUGACAUUUUAAUUAAGGAUAUUUGCAUCAUUCAUUUUAAUAGGGCUCUAUUUUUGUUCAGUAGCUUUCCUUUAAAAAAAACGUUAAUAUUUAUUUUUAAGGAAGAGAGAGAGAGACAGAGCACGAGCAGGGGAGGGGCAAAGAGAGAGGGAGACACAGAAUCCAAAGCAGGCUCCAGGCUCCGAGCUGUCAGCACAGAGUCCGAUGUGAGGUUCGAACCCCUGAACUGCGAGAUCAUGACCUCAGGAUUAAAUCUUGGAUAUAUUAUUGUGAUCCUUUGCUUAAUUUAUUUAGAUUAUUUUCAAAGUCAAUGACAAAGAAUAGGACAAAGCAGUGCCAAAGUCACCUGAGCUCAACUGACUGAGCCACCCAGCCCCCUGGUAACUUUCCUUUUAGAAGAGAAAUGAUUGAGAACAAAAAGGAAUGCAUGUGCUCACAUUAGGUGUGGCUUAAGACAUCAGAAUUUGACAUCAGGCUGUCACACAUUUCUCCUGCUCCUUAGGAGUGGGAAUUAUUCCCGUGAGAAUUUCCAGUGUCAUCCACUCUGCCUCUCAAAGCCCUCUUAGACUUGUGCUGUCUUCCUUCCACUUUGUCGUGUCGUGUUGUGUUGUGUUGUGUUGCUAGUAAGAAAAAUCAAGUCAUAUGUUGGUUUCCAUUUGUUGUAGACUCACAAAUGGCUUUCACAGUGGUCUAGUUUCAUCACAUGGUGGUUCUCCAAGGGUCCAGAACUAUUUAUAAUUCUGUUGUAUUUAGUUACGGAGAGCCAGAUGUGAGAGUCAUGCAUACUAUGUAUUUAUAUAUCUUCAUGAAUCUCAGUUAGGGACCAGAAAUCUUCCUGUGCCACAUCUGUGUUACAUAAAUCUAUUUUUGUUGUAACACAGGACCAAAACUGAGCAGUGUUAGGAAGAUUACUAUAAAUAUUAAGCUGAUUAAAAUUACAUUGUAAUCAUCUGCUUUGGAAAAAUUGCAGAUGG